AUGCAAAUACUUACAUUACGUACUCGGAACAAAAAACGAAAAAAGAACAAUCUACUUUUAAAACUUCAUAAACACCAACACACCAGCAUUGCUGAAGUAGGAGCAAGCGGUCCAAGUCAAUAUUUAUUACAUGAUUCCUUUGCAUCUAUUACUAGAAACGUUUCACCAUUACCCAGUAUUAUAUUCAAAGAAACCAAUAUCUAUCCUUCAAAUGAAAAUGUUAACAGCCAAGAUAACUUUCAAAAGAAUGAUAGUCAAGAUGUCUUUCAAGAGAAUUAUAGUCAAAGUGAUUUUCAAGAGAACAAUAACUAUGACGACUUCCGGACGAAUAAUAGAUGCGAUGAUUUUCAAAAUGAUAAUAGUAACCAAAGCGACUUCCAAGAGAGUAAUAGCCAAGGUGGCUUUCAGGGGAGUGAUAACGACUUCCAAGAGAAUGAUAACCAAGAUGACUUUCAGGAGAGUGAUAGCGACUUUCAAGAGAAUGAUAGCCAAGGUUACUUUCAGGAGAGUGAUAGCGACUUCCAAGAGAGUGAUAACGAUUUCCAAGAGAGUGAUAGCGACUUUCAGGAGAAUGAUAGCGAUAGUUUCUCCUAUUGCUCAGAUCUGCAAGAUUCUGAAGAGUUUGGUAGACUAAUUGAAGAGGAUAAAGAAUUUGAGGAUGAAAUUAGUGUAACGGAUUUUAUAUUAGAAAAGUCAAUGAGUUGUCUCUCAGAAAACGAAGAUAAAAUGGAAUUGUGGCAUAGGAGAAUUUGGUCUGAAUCACCUUUAUUUAGCGAUGAUACGUUGAGAAUCACAUCUCUAGGUCAACCUGCAAUAACAUAUCGAACUGGCAAUUUUAUUUCCUACGUAGAUCAGCAAAACUGCUUGCAGAUUGGGUUUUUGCGAGCAUUCAUUCAAGUAAAAGAAAAUCUAAAA